UCUUGGUACACCCAAACAGAUUAACUGCCGAAGCAAGCUUGCUGCGUUCCACCAGAGGAUAUAGGUCUACCUACAGAAAAGAAAACAAGGUAAUCUACAGGAAGGACACAAAAAUGUUUGUGCCACAAGGAAAUUGAUGUCAAGCCAGGAAGAAAAAUGGUGGCACACUGGAGAAGAAUGCUUUUCCUCCUUCUGGCAACUUGCAAAUUUUUUCUGAUUGAAUGCAUAACAGAUGAGGAAGUUCCAGACGAAUGGAUGCUCCUUCAUGUAAUCCAGGGACAAAUAGGGGCAGGGAACUACAGUUAUCUUAGGUUAAACCAUGAAGGAAAGAUAAUACUCAAAAUGUAUAGCCUUCGAGGUGAUGCUGAUAUUUACAUUUCUGCUUCAAACCUUCAUCCAAGUUUCGAUGAAUAUGAGCUGCAAUCAACAACCUGUGGGCUUGAUACGAUUACAGUGCCAGAUCAUUUCAGUCGUCCAGUGGGCAUAGGAAUUUAUGGCCAUCCCUAUUAUCUGGAAAGCGAAUUUGAACUGCAAGUAUUUUAUGACCAAACCAUCCAUGAGGAUCCUUAUGCUGAUGCCUCUUUUGAUCCCGAAGAUGUAGAAGCAAGUCAAAAAAAGCAGGGACAGACACCACUUGAUACAUCUCAGGAGGAAGAAUCUGUGCUGAGGACUAUCCUAAUAGGGAUACUGAAAAUAAUUCUUGAGCUUCUUUUCUAAUUACUUUCGUAUUUCAUAAAUUCAAAGCACUUGUUUGUAAUUUUAAAUAACUGGAAUUGUAAAAUGCCCCUCUUGUAUUUUUUAUUAAUCUUGUGUGAUGAAGCUUUUGGUGCUGACUCUGUAACCACCACACUAAGUAAAUUCAAAGCUGGAUUUUUCUGUUGCUGUGGGGUUUCAGCAAUUGACACUUUGCUUCAUUUAAUAACAGUGAAAUAUUUUCAAACUGUAAAAAUAAAUUUGGUUAUUCAGAAUGUAUUUUGAUUAACAGUUACAGAUUUGAAUCUGUAUAAAAUUUUUGCAAUAUUAUUGGGAAUAAAACCAUAGCAGCAGCUGCUAUUUUUCUGCUA